AUGGCCACUUGGGUGGCUUUCAACACGAAUGACAGCUCAAUGUCCAUGGAUUUUGGAAUGAUGGGAGUGAAAAACAUCGGCUCCUUUCUCAUUGAAGGGGAUGACUGCUUGAACCAAGAAAAGAGUGAUGGCAAUGCAGAAGAGCCUGCGGCUGUUCUUCCUCAGAAUGUUUCAGUACUGCACAGAGAGGAAACUCAAGAAAUGCCACUGCCAGAAUCAAUCCUGGAAGGCAAGUAUAACAACGCACCGGAUAAUUCCAAGAAACGAUCUCGGAUAACUGGAGAUUCUGAGACGAAAAAGAGGACUUUACAAUCAAAGAAGAAUAAGAAGACGAGCGACAAUGGCCGAGAAGAUAAUAAUACUGACCUUAUCGGGCAGAGCUCGAGCAGCUGCUCCUCGGAGGAUGACUGCAAUGUUAAUUAUCAAGAGCCGAAUGGAGGCUUGAGUUCACAUUUGAGCAAGAAAGAGCCCGCUUCUUCAAUAUUGAAUGGAAAAACAAGAGCGAGUAGGGGAUCAGCCACUGAUCCCCAGAGCCUAUAUGCAAGGAAAAGGAGAGAGAGAAUAAAUGAGAGGCUGAGAAUCCUACAGAACCUUGUCCCUAAUGGAACAAAGGUUGAUAUUAGCACAAUGCUCGAUGAAGCUGUCCAAUAUGUGAAAUUCUUACAGCUCCAAAUUAAGCUUUUGAGCUCUGAUGAUCUAUGGAUGUAA